AUGGAUAUAACCGAUGCGGCCGAAGCCAUGUUCAACGAUUGGUAUGCGGAGUGGAUUUCUUAUAAGCGCGGUUUCGCGUACCUUCUUUUCGUCGACCUCUACUUGCGAAAGCAUAGUUAUUCAUACGAUUUCGCUACGGCCGGGCCGCUUGACUUGAUUGUCGUUGGCCUGGCCAAAAGAAACAGGCAAGGAGAGAAUGUUCGCGCACGCGACUGGCUCAAGUGUCUGAAGAAGUCUCUAGGAAACGACGAGUUCCCUAUCGAGGAACACUUUGAAGGCAUGCUCCGCGGCCGUCAGAUUCUUGAUUUCAAUGGUCUUUUUUUGGGCGAUCCAUCAAACGAAUUGAAACCCGGUCAGCUCCCAAUCAUGCAAUUUGGCUUCGAAAAGCGUAGUCUCAACUCUCGUGUCAUUACCGGAUUGAUUCCCGAAUCACCGGCGGCUGCUGCAGGCUUGUGGGAAGGAGCUCAUAUUGUUAGCACAUCACGGGCCAGUGAUUGCAUUGAUAAUGUCCGCGAGACUUACAAGGUAGUUAUUCAAAGUGGUGAUCAAACACGCCUUAUCGAAUAUUUCCCUCGCACGAAGCAAACGGCACCAGCCUGGCAGUUGGAGGAAUAG